AUGGUGAUCCAUGUACCGGGCGCGUUUACAAAACCAUUGGAUUUCUUGCCUCGGGGUUCUGUCGGAAUCGAUGCGGGUCGAUCAAAGUUUGCUCCUGGAAAACUGGGUGCAGUUGCAAGUGAAAGCGCCAUCUGCUCGGGCCAUGGCACUAAGAUGCUCGAGAUGGGCGGCAAUGCUGCCGACGCGAUGGUCGCGACGGAGUUCUGCAUCGGAGUCAUCGCCAUGUAUCACAGCGGAAUUGGAGGGGGUGGCUUUAUGCUUGUCAAGUCGCCCAAUGGCACAUUCGAAACCAUUGACUUUCGUGAAACAGCCCCGGCUGCAGCCUUCCAGGACAUGUACAACAAUGACACGGACGCGUCUCUCUACGGUGGUCUCGCAAGUGGCGUCCCUGGCGAAGUACGCGCCCUGGAGCACCUGCAUCAAAAAUAUGGCUCCCUCCCCUGGUCAACCGUACUCAAGCCCGCGAUCCACACCGCGCGGUACGGCUUCCCAGUGACUCAUGACUUGGUCAAGUUCAUGGAUAAAGCGGUUGGUACUGGUGAAGAUUUCUUGGUCAAUGAUCCAACUUGGGCUAUCGACUUCGCCCCGAACGGCACCCGGCUCGGCCUAGGAGAUACCAUUACCCGCCGACGCCUCGCCAAUACUCUGGAGGCGAUUGCAGAAAGUGGAUCCAAUGUGUUCUACCAGGGGGCUAUGGCAGAGGCCAUGAUCAAUGCGAUUCAAGGGGCUAAUGGCACAAUGACCCUCGAGGACCUGCGCAACUAUAGUAUUGUGAUUCGCAACGCUUCCCAGAUUGACUAUCGUGGAUACACGAUCACCAGUACUACGGCUCCUUCGAGUGGCGUUGUUGCUCUGAGCAUAUUGAAGAUCUUGAAUACUUACAAGGACCUCUUUGCCGAUGAGAAGGCUGUGAAUCUCAGCACCCAUCGAAUGGAUGAGGCGAUGCGAUUCGGCUAUGGCGAGCGGACCGAGAUGGGUGACCCGUCAUUUGUGAAGGGCAUGGAUGAGUAUCAGCGAGAUAUGUUGAAGAAAUCAACCAUUGCCGAUAUUCGGUCCAAGAUUUCGGACACUCAUACUCUCAACGUUUCCGCCUACGACCCCUCUGGCCUUGAGAGCCUGGACACACCCGGUACGUCGCACAUCGCAGCAGCCGACCACACAGGAUUGGCGGUAUCUACCAUCACGACGAUCAACACAUACUUUGGAAGUCACGUCAUGGUCCCCGAGACCGGAAUCAUUAUGAAUAACGAAAUGAACGACUUUUCAAUCCCCGGAUCCUCCAAUUCAUUCGGGUACAUCCCCUCUGAAGCAAACUACAUUCGGCCCGGCAAGCGCCCUCUGUCAUCCCUCACACCGGCUAUCGUCACUCGAACCGAUGGUAGUGUCUUCCUCGUGACCGGAUGUGCAGGUGGCAGCCGGAUUAUCACUGCGACAGUCCAGAACAUCAUCAAUGUCAUUGACAAAGGUCUUUCGGCUGCCCAGGCCCUGGCUCAGCCGCGUCUGCAUGACCAGCUAGUGCCAAAUCAGGUCACCUUUGAGUAUGCCUACGACAAUUCGACCGUUGCUUUUAUGGAGAGCCUUGGGCACAAUGUCACGUGGAUUGCGCCUGGACAGAGUAGCGCACAGGCCAUCCGCAUCCUGCCUAACGGGACUUUCGACGCUGCAGGAGAGCCGCGAUUGCUUGCGUCGGCAGGGUAUUCCGUGCCAUAG